AUUAAAAAAAAAAUGAAAGAGCUCUUCAGAUUACGCCACGUGGCGCCCUCCUUAUAAUCGGAUGCAAACCUAUUUAUAUUCCACUCUUUAUUCUCUUUUUCUCGUCCGCCCCUCUCUUUCUAGUCCUUUCUCUCUCUUCGGCUCCGAUUCUCCAAACCCUAGGCUACCAGUCUCUUGUUUCACCGGUCGGUCGAUCUUCAAACGCUGCUUCCCAUGCUUCUCUCCUCAAUCCGCUGAUUUUUUCCCGAGAAAAACACGAAUCCGAGAAUUAUUUCUUUGUUUGGGAAAAGGGAAAAGUUGAAUCAGGGGAGGGGGAGAUAGAAGUUUCGAGAAAAAGAUGGCCUCGUCGGCAACGAGCGCGGUGUACAUCCACGUAAUCGAAGACGUCAUCAGCAAGGUUCGCGAUGAAUUUAUCAACAACGGUGGACCAGACGAAACUGUCCUAAGCGAACUCCAAAGAAUUUGGGAAAUGAAGAUGAUACAAGCGGGAGUAAUAUGUGGUUCGAUAGAUAGGUCUUCGGGUAAGAAACAGCCCACGCCCGGUGGCCCAAUUACUCCAGUGCACGAUCUUAAUGUUCCUUAUGAAGGGACAGAGGAGUACGAAACCCCUACAGCUGAUAUGCUCUUCCCUCCGACUCCGUUGCAAACACCUGUUCCGACACCAUUGCCUGGAAGUACAGAUGGUUCUAUGUAUAACAUCCCUACUGGAAGUAGCGAUUAUCCUACUCCAGUGAAUGAUAAUGGCGGUAAUACUGAUGUAAAAGGUGGAAGGCCAAGCCCUUAUAUGCAAUCUCCUUCUCCUUGGCCUAAUCAAAGGACCCCAUUAAGUGUUGAUGUUAAUGUUGCUUAUGUGGAAGGGCGGGAUGAGGUGGACAGAGGAACCUCUCAUCAACCCCUGACACAGGACUUCUUUAUGACGUCUUCUGGAAAGAGAAAACGUGAGGAUUUUGCCACACAAUAUCAAAAUGGUGGAUAUAUACCCCAACAAGAUGGUGCUGGAGAUGCUUCAUCUGAAGUUGCAAAGGCAGAGGGAAGUAACGGUAGUCAUUUCCUGGGUAGACAUGACUCAGCGACUGCUGCAAAAAGCAAGAUCUUAGCACACUUAGCUAGGUCAUCGUCGAAGAUUCCUCAACUGGAUGGACCAAUUCCUGAUCCAUAUGAUGAUAUGCUUUCUACUCCCAAUAUAUACAAUUAUCAAGGAGUUGUCAAUGAAGACUACAACGUGGUGAACACACCAGCUCCAAAUGACCUUCAGGCUGCCACUCCUGCUCCUGUUGCUCAAAAUGAUACAGUAGAUGAUGAUGAUGAUGAGCCAUUGAACGAAGAUGAUGAUGAUGAUGAUUUGGAUGACGUGGACCAGGGAGAGGAGCUGAACACACAGCAUCUAGUUUUGGCUCAAUUUGACAAGGUGACUCGUACCAAGAGCAAAUGGAAAUGCACACUGAAGGAUGGUAUCAUGCGUAUAAACAACAAGGACAUUCUCUUUAAUAAGGCAACAGGCGAAUUUGAAUUCUGAUUUUGUUAUGUCUAUUCACCAUGAUGGUGCUCUUGCUUUAAAAGGGCAAGCCAAGGGGGUGUUAUUGGGUGUUUCGUAAUUUUUCUUUAAUUAAUAUUAGAGUGAAAUCUCGAUGGAAGGGCAUGGGAUGCUUUAUGUUAAUACCUUCCUUAAGACUUGGAUUGGAUGGUUGUGGUAUUGUACAUAAAGGAAGAGCUUUUUCGGGAUCCCAUUGUUUUUUUAGUUGUAUUUCUUCCUCUAGGUUUCAAAUUCAAAACGAACACCUCAUUCCUACUCUCCUUUCUCUUGUUUGUUUAGUUGUAUCAAUCACCGAGUGUUGUGUCCUUUUAGUAUUUUUUUCUUGCCUCAUUAUUAGAUUUCCUAGGGCUCCUUUGGAGGAAUUGAGAGAAUCCCAUAUUUGAGACGCUUAAAACAAGCGGAAUAUCAACAACGGUAACGCUUGGAGACAAUUCUCAUGAUCUUCUUUCUUACAAGCAAAAUAAGAGGCAACAACAAAUCAUCCAAGAAGCUUGUUAUCAUGGGGAAACGCAUCAUACAAGAUCAAAGACAGGUAUCAACUAUGGAGGAAAGAUCCCGAUCGAUCAAGACACUAUCAUUAAUGAACAAAACUGGCAAAUCUACCUUAAGGUGAGAAAACACAAAGUGAGCGAUAUGAUAUGCAGAGGCAGAAGAACACAUUACUAAGCAUCAUUGACAAGAACACAUUUGUCUUGAAACACAGUGAACAAAGUCGAAGCCUCCACAUACCCUGCACCAGCUUGUUGUUUCCGGCAAAAUACUGUUGCUGUUGGUGUUUGUGUUGCAGGUUUCUUAUCAUCAGUUGGAAACACGAAUUCUUAAGUCUCUAUAAAUCGAUUGGGGGAUAAAGCGAGCGGUGUCAGUAGGGGAAUCGGAGUUGCAGCUUCAGAAGUCCCAGUAGACGGCGCAAAAGGGCUGGUCCCGGAAGCGGCAGCUUUCAUCUGAUCAAGCUUAAG